GCAGUACAGCAACGGCGCAGUUUACUGCCGCCGCGCCAACUGCUGGGAUGUCCGUAUGCUUAUGUAUGCGGUCAUUUCGCAAUUAUCGUUUCUCGAAAUUAAGAGAAGAUUCUGCGAUCUACAGCAUUAUAACGAGGCGAAAAUUUUCCACAGUCAUCCGAGGAACCUUCGUUGAGGCGCAUUUAACAUCAAUUGAUAUUAUUGAAUCUUCAUCGAAACGUUGAACAAGGCUCGGACAAAGCAGGUAUCUCGACAAGAAGCAAUGACGUAAACGAUCAUGAAAACCUUACAGAACCAGAAUCAUCGCCACGAAAAGAAUUGUCUCCAGUGCUAAGUGGUUCAAAACAUCACCGUAGAGCUAAAAAAAGAACAAGUACUGAAAUGAGCAGAACCUCAAAGAAAUUACAAAAUAGAAGUAAUGUGGAAAGAGUAAGAAAGAACCACAAUCAAAAAAGAAAAAAAAUUAAAAGAAAUUAGUUGAUUAUGAUUCAGAUGAUUUUAAGACUAUUAUAACAAAUAAGAAGAAAUAUGAAGUAUGGGCGCAAACUGAAGAGGAAUCAUCGAAACCGGAGAAAAUGAUACAUUUGCGGUAUGGAGUCUCUUUGCGGUACAAAGUAUGGGGCAAAAUACGAGAUCAACCGUCGCCUUCACUCUUCUGUCGAAGGUUAGCUCAUGCUCUAUGGGGAACAUACACUUUGAUAAACCGAGCAAUCGACUUGGAAAAAAUUAAAGAUAAAAUGUUAGAUGGUCGGGAGAGUCCACGAAAGCAGCUUACGCCUGUUAAAAGUACCGUGGUAAAAAAAUGUUAUAUUGAUUAUCUUAAGCUGAAUAAUUGCAUUCCAAAGAAAAUGGAGAAAAAAGCAAAACAAAAAUUAUUGAAUAAAUGGUCUACCUAUUUGAGUAAAUAUAUCAAUUAUCUACGAUCCAACCACGUUGAACAGUCUUCUAAUGAAGAUGAUGAGGAUGAGGAGAAAGGAAGCCAUGACGAGGAUGAGAAGAAAGGAAUCCAUGAUGAAUCAAAUGAGAGUCACAGCGAUAUAGAUAAUUAGAUGUUAAUAGUUAAUUAAGCGUGUAAGCGCGAAAAAAGGCUAAAAGAACAUGUACAUAGCUAUAAAUUUAAUCACGUAAUUUUAGUACGUAUUUUUAAUACGUACAUUUUAGAUAAACAGCAGUCCUAAAUCGUUACGUGCGUAAUUACGUAAUUUUAUUACAGAAUAAAAUUACGUACCACAAAUACUUAAUUAUUUUCAACAGGGAUUGUACACUAAGCAACAGAAAAGAAAAUCCUUAACAGAUUUGACGAAUACUUGUAAGUGUGAUAUUCAGUUUCUUGUUAUUAUAUUCUCUGCUUUUAUUUUAUAUUUCAAAAAACUAAUCCCAAUGUAAAUCAUAUUUUCAUGUAGCUAAUUUACCUAUUAGAAAUAAAUCCAAAUGUUAUACGCAAACAAA